AUGCACACAUUGUUCUUAUAUUAUAAUGGCCAUUAUAAUCAUAAUAAUAGCAUUUUACACCUUAAAGAAACAUUUUAUUUUUUCUUUGGUAAAAAAAGAAAACGUCACAGAAGAGCACAUCAAGUAUCUGGUCCUCAUUCCUUACAAGAACAGAUUAUUGACCCUGUGGACGACCAAGAUGAUGAUCCACAUGAAUAUACCUUAGUAAAAGAACGAAAACAACCAAGAUAUGUUCCAAAGAGAACGAAGAGGCCAAAAGAACAGGGCGUUGGUCACCGUGUUGGUUGCCGCACGAUUAUUGAUAUUCAUUUAGAAGUCUUAGACGAAUGUCAAGAAGGGAACACACAAUUGUUCCAGAAAGACUUUUUUGAAAUUUUGGUUCAAGAAUUUAUGGGUUUGGAGUUCAUGAAGGAGGAAAAAGUUCCUGAGGAACAAGUUUCUAUGGUAGAAGUAACUAAGGAACAGGUUCCAAGUUCAGAUUCCGGGUUUAGGGAGGAAGACUUUGUUUCUGAGGAAGAAGUUACCAGGGUUAAUGUUCCUUAA